AUGUCGUCCUCGGAUGCCCUGCUCCUUUUCGAUGUCGGAGCUAGUCAAGCUCAAGGAAGCAGAAAGUUCCAAGAAGAUCGAUACACGACAAUCUUGCCGGAACACUUCCCAGUCAACACGAAUGAGAAUCUCGCCUUCUUUGCAGUCUACGAUGGCCACGGCUCUGAUGCAGUCGCGGAGCAUGCGAGCCAACAUCUGCACCAUCUCCUGGCUCAACGAACCGAGCUUCCUCGCGGAGACUAUGCCAUUGCCAUCAAAGCAGCUUUGGCUGACGAGGACGCACUCUUGCUGGAGAGAUUCCAGCACGAGUCCGUUGAGCCGGCCAUGUCCGGAUCGACCGUGGCCAUGUGCUUGAUCAAUCUGACCGAGGGAGAACUAGUGGUCUCCAACCUGGGUGAUUCACAUGUCGUGAUGGCGGAGCGAGAUCCCAGGACCGGAGCUCCCUUCCACAUUGUACGGAUUGUGCCAUCGUGGUGGUGGAGUCCAGGCCCAAAGACCAUCAUGCUAACCUUCAUGGGGGGUUGUCAUCUACAGCGUCGACUCACCGAGGCACACAAGCCCGAUACUCCAAGCGAGCAGGCCCGGAUCAAAGAGGCAGGAGGAAUUGUAGAGAAACGAAAUGGGGUGUCUCGACUCGGAUCCCUGAAUAUGUCCCGUGCGCUGGGCGAUUUGCAGUACAAAAACCCCGUCAAUUCGCUCGGAGAGGAGCAUACAAUGCCUCGAGUGCGACGCGCCUCCUCGUCAUCCACGCCCCAGCGUGGGAACUUCGUUUCCAACGAGCCGUAUACCUCACGACGCAUCUUACAUGCUCAUCGACGGUACCUCCUCGUGAUCGUAUCGGAUGGGGUGUCGGACUAUAUUGACGACACGGUGCUGAUCCAGUACGUGAUGGACUUGUCGCUGCGAGGAAUGCAAGCUACCGAGGUGGCGCAUGACGUGGUCAGUCGUAUGGCUUGUCGGCCGAGGAGUGAUAACGCUUCGUGCGUGAUCGUGAUGCUCAAUGGGCAAGAAUCGUGA